UCAUACAACAUGGGAGAGAACAAUAGCCAGCUGAACUUAGGCAGUCCCCAUUUCAACUAUUCUAAUCCUCUCCACAUCAUCAAUUAACUAACAGCUGGAUUCCCUCUACACCUUUUGUCCUCAAAAAGUUUACCUAUCAUUCUGACAGGACAGAGAAUUCAAGGCUUGAAAAGGAUUUGUAACAAGUGGGAAGGCUGUUUUUUUUUUCUUUUUAAUCAUUUUCAAAGACAUGGGUUUCAUGUUCUUCAGAGGAUUAAGGAAUGGGCUCUUCAGCAAUUCAGAAUUCAGUCUUUCUCCUUUUUCUUUUUCUCAUUAGAGGUUCUUAUUUAUUUUAUGCUUCCUCACAUUCUUAUUAAUUAUGGUAAGCUGUAAUAUGCAUGUUUCAUAAUAGUAUUAGCAUAUGUAGUAUAAAUUAAGAAAUUAUUGAACAGAACCAGCUAUCUGCGCUGAUCUUCUCACAUGUUUACUGAAUUCUAUAUAAUGGGUUCCACUUGUUUGUGAGAAGACUGGCACCUGUGACCACCCCAUUUACUAGUUUCUCAUGUGAAAGAUCAUUCUAACCCUCCUUGGAUAAGGACUUUUGUGCAGCUUUAAAGAGUCUUCUUUCCUCUUCAUAAACAAAAAUCAUUCCUCAGGAGCAGCUUCCUUCACCUUCAACAAUGGAUUCAUCCAAACACACAGAAGGAUGUAGCAGCAGUGAAUCUGGUUGGACAAUGUACAUCGCCUCUCCCAUGCAAGAAGAUGGCAACGACUGCAGUGAUGACACGGAUGAUGGAAACCAUCACAAUGACGUUAUCAUCAAUGACAGACAUGAUCAUGCUGAUGAUAAUGAGCAGCAAGACAGUGACGACUCAAUGGCUUCAGAUGCUUCCUCCGGCCCCCAUCACCAGUACAGAUAUGAGAAUCCUCAACGUAAAGGACCAUUAGGGAAUUUUAAGCACAGUGUGGGCAACAAGUUCAACCAUUGUUCUCCGGCUGAAAAAACAAACAAAAAGGAUAAGAAGAAUGAUGGAAACAGCAAUGAGAAGAACAGAAAGCUUACUGCUAACAGAAAAUACAGCAGCUCCAGAAGCCAUGCAUGAUACGGGACAAUCAACAGGGUAUCAUCUGCUGGAAAGAGCAAAGAUCUCACCACUUUAAUUUUUAUCAGCAGGAGAAGAAAAAAAAGACAAGAGAGAGAGAGACAGGGAGAUCAGCGCAGGAAAGAGAAUGGGCAACUUUGAUUCAUCUGGAAAGAGCAAAGAUAAUAUUAUUUAAGAUUGACUUAAAAGGAGGCAAUGCAUUUGUAUACUGUGCUUGUGUGCAAUGAAUGAACAGAGUAUUUCGUGCUGGAAAGAAGAUGGAUCAAUAUAGAAAGACAAAUGCCAACCACAUAAGAAGCAACAUUGACAUUUCUGGUGAAAGAAUAUUAUUGGCUGCUUGUUUAGAUAGCUUAAUUCUGCAAACAGGGUAUGCAAGUGCAACAGCUAGGCAACUACAAAGUAUAGGCUGUACAUCAAGAUGCUGAAGAAUAUAAUAUCAUACAAGCUACAAAACCUUGAACUGUUUAUCAAAGAAUAGAGAACCACGUAAUAGAAAACCUG